CGGGCCGAUCUUACGGGAGUACGAGGUGGCACGACUGCGGAUCGCUGCGCGUCGAGCCAUAGCUUCCGUUCCACUAGCACCAUUUCCACAAUUGUGUUGAUAGUCUUACUUAGUCGGCACACGCAAGGGUCACGAAACGCUCUACGGAGCAGUAUCUCCCGCUGGUGGAGAACCCGGGGAACCCUAAAUCUUGGGGACUCGCCCCCUAUAGACCACGUCUGGUAGCCAACGCGUUCAUGUUCGUUGUUUGUUCUCAUCAUAUCGUUCUCUCGGCGCGCAUCUCUAUCGUCGCCAUUCUCGACUUGGCGCCGACCACAAUCAACUCCUAUUUCCAGGGAGAAGCGAGCAGGGCUAUACAAAGAUGUAUCUACGCCCAGGAUUCGUCGUGGUAAUCGUCGGGGGAGUUCUGACAACAAUAUCAACAAUCGUCGUGGCGCUCCGAUAUUACUGCCGGUACUUUCUUGUCGGAUCUCUCAGCGCAAGCGACCAUCUCAUGCUAGUCUCUCUGGUCAUCGCAUGGGGAACUUUUAUAAUCAACUACUACCAAGAUGUGACGAGCAGUGGCUAUCGACCCACAUACCUCCGUAGACCUGACAAAAGGCCAGAGAUUGAGGGCUACGUGCUGGGAGUACUCAUCUCCUGGUGGGCCUACCGGUUCGUCUACGUUAUAGGACUUGGCUUCAUCAAGCUCAGUAUCCUCUUCUUCUACCGCUCCAUUGCUGCCAACGUCACCUUUCGCCGAAUCGUGUAUGGCACGAUGGGGUUUGUGGUGCUGUACACAUUUUCUGCGACCAUUGCCGCAAUCUUCCAGUGCCAGAAUCCAGCGAGCGCUUGGUCCACGACAAACUACUUUGCGCAAUUCGACCCCACCCUCCAGAGAGAGCCCGCUGUGUGCUGGGAUCCAGUUCCGCUAUGGGUUUUUUCGUCAGCGUGCAACCUACUCACCGAUGUCAUCAUUCUGUUGAUGCCACUGCCGACGCUGCUGAGUCUCCGGAUACCAAUGGGCAAAAGACUAGCACUGAUUGGCAUCUUUUCUGUGGGAUUGAUGGCUAUUGUUGCAUCUUCAGUACGCAUGUGGGUCAUGUACAUGUGGGCUGAGUCUCCUUAUAACUCUGCGCGAUACGGCGCGGAUCUGCUCCUGUGGGGUCAGGUUGAGACCAACAGUGGCAUUAUAUCUGCCUCUGUACCAUUUCUCCGUCUUCUCUUCCGCAACAAGGAAAAGAAGCCGCAACAGAGCGGCACACCACAGAAGAUUUUCGCGACUCCACCAGAAGCCCAGCCACCAACGCCGCCAAAGGACGACGAGUACAGUCCACGUAAAGUGCCAGAUGUAGAGAUGUGGCCACUUCCAAACGAGAAAGGCCUUGACAGGGGAGAUUCUGUCGGUUUCAUCACAAUACACGAAAGAUCGACGAUAGCAAGAGAGUCGAAUUGGGGUCCGUUUGUCACAAUACCAGAGAGCUUGAGCUCGGAUGGCAAAGACAGUCCAUAUCUGGCACCUCCAUUUUCGCCGCAUAAGACGGCGUGAGGCAAAUGAGAUUUCUUUUGUUUGGUUUAUAUGUAAGUAAUGUUUAUAUGUGCAUGCCCGGAACGAGGUAUACGUGUCUUGAUAAGAGCGGAAGUAGCUGGGCUACGGGGCUGCUACGCAGCUGAUGAUUUUUGUGUAUAAUACGAACGCAUAUCAAAAACGUAAUGAUAAAUUUCACCCGC